GCGUGCCUUACGUGGAGCGGAAGUAAACAACCUGGGCUGACGUGGAGCAGCAGACUUCCAGCAGCAGCCGAACCGACCGGACCGACCGGACCCGACCGGACCUCUCUCCCGGGCUUAAAGCAACCUCCAACCUCUUUAUUUUAUAUGUGGAGUGCGGUCGUCGUGUGAACUCUCCAACGGACAACCAACGGACAACCAACGGACAACCAACGGCCAACCAACGGCUCUCGGGUAACCGUUCGCUCUCGGAGUUAAGAUGGCGGCAGCGGAGGAGGCCAGCAGACCGUUCGCCGGGCUCUCGGAUGUCUCCAUAUCGGAGGACAUCCCGGUGGAGGGGGACAUCUCCGUGCCCGUCGCCUCCUCCAGGCGGGACGAGGAGUUCUCCACGCUGGACGAGCCGGUGAAGGAGACCAUCCUGCGGGAUCUGCGGGCGGUCGGGAACAAGUUCAUCCACGUCCUGUACCCGAAACGCAGCUCGGCUCUGCUGCGGGACUGGGACCUGUGGGGCCCGCUGCUGCUGUGCGUGACUCUGGCUCUGCUGCUGCAGGGCGGCGCGGCGGACAGCGACGACCAGGGAGGACCGCAGUUCGCUGAGGUCUUCGUCAUCAUCUGGUUCGGCUCCAUCAUCAUCACCCUCAACUCCAAGCUGCUGGGUGGCACCAUCUCCUUCUUCCAGAGCCUGUGCGUGCUGGGAUACUGCAUCAUGCCUCUGACGGCGGCCAUGGCCGUGUGCCGGAUCGUCCUGAUCGGCGGCUCGGGGACGGUCAGCUUCGCCGUGCGGCUGGUGGUGGUGACGGCGUCCUUCGGCUGGUCCACCUUCGCCUCCACGGCCUUCCUCGCCGACAGCCAGCCGCCCAACCGCAAGGCGCUGGUGGUGUACCCGGUGUUCCUCUUCUACUUCGUGAUCGGGUGGAUGAUCCUGACGUUCUCGCCGUCGCAGUAGCGGGGAGGGGAAACGCGAAGGGGAGCGGAGCUGAACUGACAAAGAUGAAGGAGGUUUUUGUGGAGUGAAAGAACUCAAACAAACAACCGGUAUCUGCCUUUUGAACGAAUGACUACUGAACUGACGGCGAGUGUUUCUGGGCCUCUGAUACAGAAUCAAAGACUCAUGAAACAUCAAAACACUUUAUUCCAAAUGGACUCUUUCAGGUGAAGCGGCGGCUCGCGCUCAGAUGAGGCCGGUUGACGGUUGUUGUUCCCACUUUGUCUCCCGUGUGUUUACGAUCUGUGUAAAUAAAGUCCAUAGGCCUGUAUAUAGAAAUACUCUAUGAAUGUUUGAACUAGCAGGGCUAUGAUUGUUUUCUCCUCCUCCUGGUCUCUCUGGGUGUGUUUGAAACCUCGUCCUCGCACUACAUUCUCCAUUAACAGAUUUUAUUUUAUGCAGGGUGACUGAGAGGAUUUAGAUUUUGCCUUUUAAGUCGACCCUUCUCAGCGUUUUUCUUUUAGUAUUUUGGGGUAAUUUUUUGUUUUUAUUAGACAUGACAGGAAAUCAACAGAGAACGUCUCGAUUCACGGCCAAUGUAAAGCAAUCUGACAUUUUGGUGAAGAUCACUUUCUUUCUGAGGGUCACAUGAGAAGAACUGAUUGCGGGUCUGUUUGUAGGCUAUCUUGGCUCUCCAGCGGCUCUAAAACAGCGUCAUAUUUGAGGUGUUUAAUCUGUGAAACUGAUAAUUCUUACAUUUUCUUCUGAAAGGUGCGAGGAAACAGACUUCCUGUUCAGGCUGAUUGUUCAUCUUUUACUAACCCCCCCUGACGACCUUUGACCCCCUGCUCUAUAACCCUGUCCUCGAUGUUCUCCCAAAUCACCAGGGGCCACUUUUUGUUGAUUUCUUUUAAUUUAUAUGUACCCAUUUUCAUCAGCAAAUGAAAAAGAUUAAAAUAUAUUUGAUCGGCUGUGA